AUGCCUCAAGAGAUCAAGUGUCCUACUUCUGAUCCUGCGAUUCAUAAUCAAAAGAGAGUUACCGGGGGUAGCAGGUCACAUAAGAAAAAAGGAAUGGAUGAACUUAAGCACAAAUUAUUUAAUCCCCCUUCGAAAUCUAAUGGUCCAUCCUCUAUAAACCAUAAUAAUGUGUCCGAAAUUUCUGAGACAGCCUGUCCCAGAAAAGUUAUCUAUGACAGUAUUGAUGAAGCCUCACAAUAUCUAGCUCAGUUAUAUGACAAAGCCAUCGAUGCCGAAGAUAGGCAAAUCGAGCUAAUCAGGAAGAAAUUUUAUGUUGGUGCCUCUACUAGAAGAAUUUCAGAGAUCAGCUUGAUGAAAUUAUCAGAAGCAAUAGUGGUAAAUUUGGUGAAAAGAAGGCGAGAAAAAAAAUUGCUUGAAGUAAAUGUACCAUCUAUAUCUCAAAUCAUUCCAGCUAAAGCAAAUGAUAAUAAUCUCACAGAUCUCAAGGAGGAAGAUUUCUGUGGUGGUGAG